AUUAUAUCUUACUGUUAUAUAAAUUUCAAAUUUUCAUCAAUUUUUAGCAAAUUUUUAAUUUAUUAAUUUGACUAGACAAUUGUUUAAGUUAAUUUGUCACAUUAUCGAUCAAUUAGUGGUGUGUCAUAGAUAUUAAAAAUAUGAGUAUAGAAAUGAAGGUUUUCUUUGUGAUAUUACUUGCAGCAUAUGUGGAUAUAUCUGCAGCAGCUGGGACGUCUAAUAGUAAUAAGUGUGUGAGUUGUAAUAGUGAAGACGUUCAUUUAGAAAAUAUGUGUUUUAAUUGUUUAAUGAAAGAAUGUAAUCCUACACAACAUCCAAGUUCCGUGGAAACAUUUGAAACACCAGAGACGUCUAACCGUAUGGAUAUAUCUGCAGCAGCUGGGACGUCUAAUACUAAUUUGUGUCCAAAAAAUUUAACUAAUAUAGAUAUGUGUAUAAAAUGUAAUGGAGCCAAAAAAUAUAUAGAUAAUAUGUGUGAAAAUUGUGUAUUUAAAGAAUGUAUACCUACUGGAUCUUCAAUUUCUGCUUUUUGCUUACGUUGUUCAAUUUCGUUUACUCCAGAAUAUACAGAUAAUGAAAACUUGUGUCCUCAAUGUAAAAAUUGUAAAACAACUUCUGAAGCAUAAAAGUGUUUAUACAGAAUUUUUAUAAAAACAAAAAUAAAUGGUUUAUGAUUGUCUUGAAAAUAUAUUAAUUAUAAUUUUAAUACAUAUAAAUAAAAUUGA